GACACUUGAUUCUCGAGAUGAUUGACCGACCAUCAGGUGAUUUAGAUUGUUAAUUGUAUCUAAUGAUCAGCGAUCACUUUUAAUCUACUUGAUUAUCAUUUAUUGUCUUUUCCAUUGUCGUCCUUUAGUUCGUGAUAAACCAUGGCAGAAGCGACGGGAUCUCUAGUGUCCAAUUCCAGUGCCAAUGGAUCGGAUGGUGAGGUUGAAACGGUUGGAAAUUCAUUUUACAAAGUUGUCAAAAUAUCAAAAGCUCAACGUAAACGUGAUAAAAAAGCACAAAUGGAAAAGGAGAAAAACGAAAGAAUCGAAGCAGAGACUAAGGAUGCGUUCGAAAAUAGUUCAAAAAAGAUGGAACAAGAUCGAUUUAAAGUAAUAUUAAACGAAAUGGGUCUUUGUUUACAUGAUAUUCCUUCGGAUGGUGACUGUAUGUUCAAAGCGAUUGAACAUCAAUUGAGUCUAAAAGGACGUAAAACCAAUGUACAAGAACUGAGGUCACUUUGUGCUAAUGAGAUGAGAAAACGAAAAGAUGAAUUUCAACCUUUUCUCACCAACACCGAAAGUGAUGAUCCAAUGGACGAUCAAAGAUACAACAAGUAUUGUGAUGAAAUUGAGAAAACAAAAUGUUGGGGUGGAAACAUUGAACUCCAAGCUCUUUCCUACGGUUUAUCAGUUCCAAUUAAAGUUAUCCAAGCAACUGGACCAGCGAUCGAUAUUGGAAUUGAAAGAAAUCGAUCGAAAACCCCACUAACCAUUAGUUACCAUAGACACGCUUACCAGCUAGGUGAACAUUACAAUAGUUUAAUACCGAAGCCUCGAUGAAAAAUUCCAACGGAAUCAAAGUGUUUUAUAAUUUGUGGCCUAUCAAAGGAUCGUAAUUAGCAGUUAAUCAACAAUUAUUGUUCCUGUGAAAUUCAUCAAUUGUUAUUCAUUAAAUGCAGUAAAAUUUUUCUAAUUGUUGGAAAUCAAUAUCUGUGUAUGUUGAAACUCAA